UCAAGAUUAUUGUGCAAAAUUAGUAGCUUUCAUUGCAAUUGUCGACUAAGAUUAACGUUCUGAAGCAGACUGACAGUUUAUUGUUAGAAGCAUUGUUAAUGUAGUCCCCUGCCUACAUCUCAGGAAGAACAAUCGAAGUCGCCUGAGCAGGUGGUGACAGUCACAGGAGGAGUUUGGUGGGGGUUUUCUGAGGGUGAACGCGGAGUCUCUCGAGAUGGCAGCCAGUAAAAGCAAGAACCAGAGUUCCCUGGCCCUGCACAAGGUCAUCAUGGUGGGAAGUGGCGGCGUGGGCAAGUCUGCCCUCACCCUCCAGUUCAUGUACGACGAGUUUGUAGAGGACUAUGAGCCCACUAAGGCAGACAGCUACAGGAAGAAGGUGGUGCUGGACGGGGAGGAGGUCCAGAUCGACAUCCUGGACACGGCGGGCCAGGAGGACUACGCCGCCAUCAGGGACAACUACUUCCGCAGCGGAGAGGGGUUCCUGCUAGUCUUCUCCAUCACCGAGCACGAGUCCUUCACUGCUACCGCAGAGUUCAGGGAGCAGAUCCUGCGGGUGAAGGCGGAGGAGGAUAAGAUCCCUCUGCUGCUGGUGGGCAACAAGUCGGACCUGGAGGACCGGCGGCAGGUGAUGGUGGACGAGGCGCGGGGGAAGGCAGAGGAGUGGAACGUCCAGUACGUGGAGACUUCCGCCAAGACGCGCGCCAACGUCGACAAGGUGUUUUUCGACCUCAUGAGGGAGGUGAGAUCCAAAAAGAUGUCGGAAAACAAGGACAAAAACGGCAAGGGAAAGAACAAAAAGAAGAAGAGCUUCAAGGAGAGGUGCUGUUUACUCUAAACGCCUCCCCAUGGACCUUACGAGCCCCCCCCAGCAACCCCCUCCAAUUCAAACACCACUGAGGAAUAAGCUCAACCACAGAGCCUGUUUCAUCUGUAAAUGACAACAAAAAAAGAAAAAUUAGAUUUUUUUUUAUAUAUAAUGCUUAAGGUAGGUCUCAAUGUCUGGUCUCAGCUUUUUUGUUUUUCAUUUUAAAAAAAAAAAUCCAAAUCCAGUUUCUUACUUUUUAAAAAUAAGGACAGUGACCACUGUAUGUUGACUUUGUGAAAGAAACUGUGGCACUUUAGGGCCUUCGCUGUAACAUGGAGGUGACCAACACUAACAGACCCCCCCCUGUAAAUGACCCUGCUCGACAAAAAAAAAAAAAGAUAUUGGUGAAAUGUUCCCUCUUCUUUAUGGUCUUACCAAAUCCAUUACACAUGCCAUAUAUUAGUUAACUUAUGCAAAAGAAAAUGUCUUCUGGGUCUUGUCAUCAACACUAAAAUUCUCGAUCGCUUUGCCUGGCUAACAGCAAAUCAGCAGGUCGGCCUUUUAUUUCCCUUCCUCUGGCUCUAAUCUGCUAAUGCUAACGCAGAAACGCUAAAGGUCAGUGUCAUCGCUUUUAUGACCUCACUUCCUCAGUCACGAUGCACAGGAUGUUGAGUAUAUUCAAAUGCUCGUCCAGCCCAGGAGCCCUCUUGCCCACAUAGAUGCUGGACGAUGCUCGCUCUCUUUCUCUCUCUCUCUGUCUGUCCGUCUCUUAGAUGGGAAACAUCAGACGAGAAACGCCUUUCUGUACCAAACAGCCUUUGUUUUUGUUUAUUUGUCUUUCUUACAGUUGGAGAAAUAUGUAAUCAACCCAGGGUCAGUUUUAGCUUAGCAGCUGACUCUGGUCCAAGUCCUGUCCUGAUCUGCCGCUGAUCCAACUCUGGUUCUGGUGCAGUUCUUACCCUGAGCCCGAUCUGGUAUUGAAGCUGCCCUAAUCAGGCGGGAAUCUAGCCAUGAUCCUGCUGUGAAUUAGAUCAGGUGGUCUGAUGAAUGACCUCCAGAUCAUGCCCCUUUCCCAUUCAGAGUUAGCUGCUUACUGAGAGAGUUUCCAGGAAGCUUAGUUUUUGGCAGAGGCAGGGCAGCUAAGGUGCCGUGCCCCCCCCACCCACCCCCCUCUAUUAUUAAAGGAUGACCGUAACACAGAGGCCUUUCAUGGACGCUGAGUUCACUUCUAUUCUAAGGUGCUUCAGUUGUGAAUGCUGAUUUCUGAGAACUUUUGGCCGCACUGGUCACGUUGCUCCCCCUGGUGGCCAAAACAAGAUAACAACCUACAGCUGGGAAUCGUGGGUUGGAAAGAAUUGCUCAAACUGAGUUUUGUAGGAACUUUUUUUCUCCCUUUAAAUUUGCCUGAAUCAUAUGCCUCACUUUUUAAAAAGCGCUAUUGCCCAUCAGACUCUUCACUCCCUUUUGUUGAACUGUGAAAUCAAAUAGCCUUGCUGAUGACCGUCUGUUGCAAGAUAUUUUUGUAGGAAGCGUGCUAUGUUGCCAACAUCGUGAUGUGAUGAAGGUGGCAUCCACUCCCAAGAUGAGUGCCAUUAAGAACAGCAGGUUCUUUUUAGGGAGAACUUUUUUGGGAGUGCAUGCCAUCAAAAACUGCAAAUUCAACUGCAACUGCAGUUGCAAAAAUUUUCUGAAUGUGUCUGUACAAAUGGUUGGACUGUGGUUUCGUCAAUCUAACGGAUGUGUUGUCUGGCUUUUGUUUGGGAGCCAUGUUGAGGUGGUCAGGUUUAGUGUGCCCUGCCUUGUGGAGUUGCAACACUUGUCAUUGUACUUGUUUUUAUAACUGAUUGAGUCUGUUUGCUUGACGUGAGCUUGAUGACAAUUUAUGUUCUUUUUUCUCUCUCGGUCCCUUUUUCUCCCCCUAACUGGCUAUUAAAAGGAAAAAGAUGUCAAAAACAUGUUGCCAAAUAAACACUUUUCUUUCUUUGUA